AUGGAAGCAUCCUCUGUUCUUCCAUGCAAGUGGUGUAUCCACUUGCAGGGGCUUCUGCUCACAGCCUCCUUUUUAACCUGUUGGCACCUCCCUACCACUGCCCAAAUAACCAUUGAAUUAGUGCCACCCCAAGUGAUUGAGGGAGAAAAUGUUCUCAUACGUAUCAACAAUCUGCCAGAGAAUCUCAUGACCUUAGCCUGGUUCAGAGGAAUGAGGAUUAAGAGCCCUCAAAUUGGACAAUAUACAUUGGCCACUGAUGCUACUGUGCUGGGGCCUGGUCACAGUGGUAGAGAGAUUUUGUACAGCGAUGGAUCCCUGCAGAUCUACAAUGUCACCCAGGAGGAUACAGGAUACUACAGCCUACGAAUGAUAAAUAGACAAGAAGAAAUUGUGUCAAUAACAUCCAUAUACCUCAACGUGUACUCUUCUCUUUGGAUAUGUGAGCACCCUUCUCCCUAUGCCAAGCUCACCAUUGAAUCAGUGCCACCCAGCAUUGCUGAAGGGGGAAGUGUUCUUCUACUGGUUCAAAAUCUCCCCAAAAAUCUUCUAUCCCUUUACUGGUACAAAGGAGUGAUUGCAGUGAAGAAAUUUGAGGUUGCCAAAUACAUCAAAGCCACAAAUUCAAGUGUCCCUGGGCCUGCGCACACUGGCCGAGAGACAGUAUACAGCAAUGGAUCCCUGCUGCUCCAGCAAGUCACACAGAAUGAUACUGGAUUCUAUACUCUACGAACUAUGAGUACAGAUCUGAAAGACGAAGUAGCACACGUGCAACUGUAUGUGGAAACCUCUAUGUGCUGUAACCUCACCUCUGACCAACUCAGGAUUGAACCAGUGCCUUGGAAUGUUGCUGUAGGGAAAAGUGUUCUUCUCCGUGUUUUUAAUGUGCCAGAAGACAUUCAGACAUUUUUCUGGUACAAAUCGGUGUACAGGGCAGAUAUUUUUAAAAUUGCAGAAUAUAGCAGAGCCAAGGAAUACACUAUCUGGGGACUUGCACACAGCGGAAGAGAGAUGAUGCACACAAAUGGAUCCCUGCUGAUACAGAAUGUCACUGAGAAUGAUGCAGGCCUGUAUAUGUUAGAAAUUUUGCAUGAGGACUUCAAAGCUGAGAGAACAUAUGUGCAAGUCCAUGUAAAUAACCCUGUUUCCUGGCCCUUCAUGAGAGUGAGUAACACCACAGUCAGAGUACAGAGCUCAGUGGUCUUCACUUGUUUCUCAGCUGACCCUGGAAUCUCCAUCCGUUGGCUCUUCAAUAAGCAGAGUGUGCAGCUCACAGAGAGGAUGACACUUUCCCCAUCAAAGUGCCAACUCAGCAUAGAUCCUGUCUGGAGUGAGGAUGCUGGAGAGUAUCAGUGUGAGGUCUCCAACGCAGUCAGUUCAAAGAGCAGUCGUCCAGUCAGCCUGGCUGUGAUGGAAGAGUGA